AUGCCAAGAUUAAGACACCUCACCUUAGACGGCCGCACCCUAGAAGGCGGCGGCCAACUCCUCCGCACAGCCAUCUGCCUCUCAGCCCUGACCUCCACCCCGCUCAAAAUCCACCAUAUCCGUGGCAACCGGUCCGGAGGCGGCGGCCUCAAAGCCCAACAUCUCGCUUCCGUGAAAUGGCUCGCUGAAGCCUGUGAUGCUCAUGUUGAGGGAGGGGAGAAGGGGAGUACUGACCUCCUAUUCGAGCCGGGACAGGGUAGGGGUAGAGGGAAGGGAGUAGUGGGUGGUGAUGGGGUGCCGGCGGUGUUUACGAAGAAGACUCUGCCUGAUGGGGAUGGGGAGAAAGUAUGGGAGGCACGUCUCGAGAUCGGAACGGCGGGGAGUACGGGGUUGGCUUUACAGGCCAUCCUACCUUUUAUCCUGUUCACGAAACUUCCUGGAGACGCAAGACUACCAGUCCAUCUGACACUCUCCGGCGGCACGAAUGUCUCGGGUUCGCCAUCAUAUGAGUAUCUUUCGCAAGUUCUACUGCCGAUGCUAAAGGCGAUUGGACUUCCGGAGAUGAAGACUGUGUUGCAUAAGAGGGGGUGGAGUCAGGGUGGGAGUAGUGUUGGGAGUCUCACGAUCGAGAUACCCACUAGAAAGAAUGUGGUGUUGGAAGCUUUCACCCUGGCGCCUCCGGAUCUACCUUUCAAGACUCAGGGACCACUACGCAGGCCUAGGCAGAUGACGGCCACUUUCGUCGCACCCAUAUCCUGCCAUGCUCACCUGAAGCAAGUCUUCGUACCCCGAGCCCGCGAGUUAUUCGUUACGAAAUCAGACUCCGCCAUUAAUGACGACGACGAACCCCUCCCCAUCGCGAUCCGGUGUACAGAUAGUGGCCACGAAAAGAGAUUAUACCUAAUAGCCGUCCUCACCGUUCCAACCCUAACGACCACAACUGCUUCAUUAGAUCCCACCUCCCCCCCCACAUCACCAACAGACUCCAUCCUAGCCAGCGACUGGCUCUACGACAAGAGAAUCCCCGUCAAUUCCAAAACACGCCCGCACGACGAAGUAGCGGAGAACAUGGCCCAGCGUGUCCUGACAGAACUUCAUCAGCAAUGGAGGAGUGGUGCGUACGUAGACGAGCAUCUGCGGGAUCAGUUGGUUAUCUUCCAGGCGCUUGCGAAUGGGAGGUCGAGAGUCCACCCGGGAUAUAAGGCUGUUCUUCCAGCUGGGACUGGUGAGGGUGAAGGUGAAGGUGAUGGGGGGUUGAGAGAGCCGAGUCUACAUACCCAGACAGCUGAGUGGGUUGUCAACGAGAUGCUCGGGGCUGAAUUCGAUGGAAGUGGAAGGUGCGAGGGCGUGGGAUUCGAUGGGAGCGAGGGGAUCGAUUGGGUGCGUAAGGUCAAGGAGAAGAAGCGGGCAGAAGAUGUGAACGGUCUCUGUAGAGGCAUAGACGGAGUGAAUAUGACAUGA